UUUCCUCGAUCGCGGACAUGGUCGGCUUCGACCCGAUCCUGCUCGGAGCGUUCGUGGAGCAGUUCGGGGGCGCGCUCACCUGUCUCAUGAUCGACGAUCUGCUGUCGACCUCCAUCGUGGAGCUGUCCCCGGCCUUGGACGGGACAUUUGUUGACAGUGCGGUUUUACAGGCGCUCCAGAAGUCCAAGCUGCGGCGUUUCCUCCGGAAGAUCGCAGAGAUCGGCGGCGCGCCCCCGCUGGACUUCGGCACGCUGGGCGGCCCACUGCAAGCGCCGACGCGCCCGACGGCCAAGGCACCGCCACUGGUGCCCGCGGCCCGGAAGCGUAAGCUGGCCGCCCUCAUCGACCAGGUGGAUGACGGAGACGUCGAGCUCCUUCCAGCGCCGCGCAUCGCGGCGCUGUGGGCCGACUUCGAGAUGGCCCACGGCGGGGGGCUCCGCGAGCACGAAGACGUGACAGGGGAUCAGCUUUCGGCGCUGGCCGCCAACCUCGCCGAAGACAUGGCCCCAUGCGUCGACAUGGCCGUGUGGGGGCCAUUCGGCCGAUGUCAACAGCGGCUGCUACGCUUCACCGCCCAGGUGUUCGUCGGGGGGGAGCUGGUCACUCGGCAGCUCCGGGGGCCUUCCUCUUUCGACGCGUGGCGGGCGUGCUGGCGGGUCCUCAGGACGGCGAUGCUCGCUCUGAAGGCUUCCCUGCCAGGGCCGUUGGGCGAGCGCGAGUGGGGCAUCCGUCUUCUUCACAGCGCCUUCCCCGAGCAGUGGGGCAUCAUCUCGCAGGCCCGCGUCGCCAACGGGUGCUACGCGGGCUCGUUCGACAAGGGCCGCCCCUGUGAGUCCGUCAUCAGGGAUUCGGCCAAGUCAGAAACUAGCCCCCAUGCCACCUGGUGGUUGGAGCGCGUGGUCAAGCUGUGCCUCCUCGCCUUCCGCCGGGGCGCCGUGCCGCUAGCGCUGCAGGUUGGCGGCGGCGGUGGUGGGGGCGGCGCCAGCGGCGGCGGCCCAACGCCGACGCCUGCUCCAGCGGGGGCCGCCGCUUGCCGGAAGAAAGGCGGGAAGGACGACAAGAAGAAGAGGGGCCUGGCAGGGGUCGAGCGUCGCAGGGGCGGGCGCUGCGUCCGCGCCGCCGACGGUUCCCAGCUCUGCUUCAGCUGGAACCGCUCGGACAAGGGCUGCGCGGACGGCCGUUGCCCUCGGGGCCGCGCCCACAGCUGCGAGUGGUGCUUGGGUCCGCAUCGGGCCAUCGCUCCGGAGUGCCCGGCCAAGCCGCGCGGCUGGGCGCCGCCGCCGCCCGGGCGUGCGUGGGCCGUUCAGCGAGGGGAACGCCUGCCGGUGGCGCAGGCGGCCCGGGCGGCUCCGUCAACGCUUGCAUCCGCGGCCGCGGCAGCCGCAGCUGCGACAGGGCUCGCGGAGGAGGCGCCCGAGACCGCCGCAGGCGGGACGCCCAGUCCGCGCCAGGCGCUGCUGAGUCGGCAACGCCAGAGCAUGCAGGACAUUCUUGGCAGGCUCUGGCGGCUCGGGACCUCGCUGGCGGAGGCGCACUUCGAGGCACUAUCCGAGUUCGGGGGCCCGUCGCCGGCGCGCCGCCGCGCCCCCCGCGGCGCGAACCCGUCGGGCGCGCGGGGCCAGCGGCGUCGGAAAGACGCGGCAUGCAGGGCUGGGCUGAGGAACGCGGCCGCAGCGAUCGCUUCUGAGCCGUCGCUGCAGCGCGUGAUGGGCCGGGUCAGGCUCGCCACUCGGGAGGUCGGGAGGUCGCUAGAGGAGGGCGCCCCCAUGGGCAUCUCCCGCGCGGUGGUGCCGGGCGGACGGUUCCCCAUGGCCGAGUCCUCCAGCACGCUGGACCCCUGUGACCUUGGCACUGGCACCCGCGCGUUCUCGGACAACCACCCGGUUAGGUCGGGCUACGGCGAGACCUUCGACACGGCGGCAGCGGCCGAGGCCAAGUUCGGGCGCGUUUUUCCCGCUCCGCUCGGCAACGUCCAGCGCCAGAAGCGGGACGGGACCUUCAAGAACAGGAUCAUGCAGGACCUGGAGGCCAAUGGGGUGAACCAGGCGUCCACGACGCGCGAGCGCGUCGCGCUGCCGAGGGGGGUCGAUCACGCGGUCGAUCUCGCUUCGUUAGGGCAGCGCGUAGGGGCGCCCACUCGGGUUCAUCGGGCUGGUGUCCUUGUACUCGACUUCCUCGACGCUUUCAUGAGCAUCCCAUUGCACGAGAGCGAGAGGCGGUUCAACGUCGCGGUCCUCGAG